CAUCGAUACCGGUGUAGUGCUGUGUGUCCUUUACCGUAAAUAUGUGCGAUUCCGACGUUUUCAUUGGCCGGGGACGGUUUGUCCUGUCCAGUGCGAAAAAUCUCACACGAAAUGGCCGGCCAGCACCAAGGGGACAAACACCUCGAAGUGAAUUGCGAUUCAAAGUGGUUGAAAGGUAGUGAUUCCAGGCUUCAACAAUGGCUCCAUCACGUUCAUUCUACGCCGAGGAAAAGGACAUCGCCUUUUCACAAGUUCCUGUGGAAAAGGCCUCUGUGCCUGUGGAGGAAGACACAAUUAAGAAGGAGUUUGUUUCUGGCUAUGAAGUUGAUAGAUCAUCCUUCUUGGAGGAACACACGAAAGUACUACGUGGGAAGCUGAACACGCAGUUGUCCAUUGUGACCGCUGAGUACAACAACCUGAGAUCUGCCGCAAAGAACGAAUGGGAUAACGCCAUCAACAAGAUCACCUCGGUUUAUGACCCAGAGGACAAGUUCUUGCCGAACUUCAACUACGCCUUGACCAUCAUGCUCUCGGGUUCUAUACUGGCUUCAAAGAGCUCACUCCCUGUAAGAUUCAUCACGCCAGUGGUAUUUGGCACAGCUGCUUUCAAGUUCUUCCUGCCACGUACAUUUGCCAACACGUGUAACGCUGUCAAGAACUACGAGGCCAAUAACUAUCCAGACGUUUUAUCCUUCCAAAGAUCAAUUAAGGACUCUCUACAGCAGCUGGAGAAACAAGGUUGUGACCUCCAAAGAAAUGCCAACGAACAACUGGUGAAGCUUGUGCAUGAUGUCAGAGUAAGCCUGACAAAAUGAAGCCUUUUGGAGCUACAAAGAACGGAGAUCCUAGAGCUAAGAACAAGAAAAUAUACAGACAGAAUCAAUCAUACAUUCCAUAUCUUAUUUGAAAAUUUUGACACUCUGCUUGUUGUGCCAUUCAAUAAUGUCGACCACCAUCAACAGUUCCUUGUGAAUAGUUCAUUUGCGUCGCUUGUUGGUUGUAAUGCCUGUAUCCACCAUUAUUCUCCCACUGAUAGCCAUUGUCGU